AUGUCGGAGCAGCAGCCCGGGUGCCCGGAGGGCGCCCCUUCAUCGCAUAUCGCAAGCCCCGAGGCGGCAGAUGAGCGCCACAAUGUAACGACGGUGUCGCUGGGCGAACUAUCGGCCUUCAGCCGCUAUAACGCCGCCCACCGACCUUUGCGGCGGAAUCGGGGAAACAACCAACAGCAAACGGAUCCAACACUGGCACCUGGCGAUGCAGCAGGUGAUUGUGAACCGCAUUCGCCUGAAAAUGAUGAAAAAUCUGCAACUUCGGCAACCGCUGGGGACGAAUAUCAGCCAGGCUCCCAGGCUGCCUCUGCAGACGGUACCUUCGCAAACACGAUACUGGACCCAAACGUCGACAUCGCAUCCGUCGCUGCUAGCAGUUACACCAGUGGCGCGGAAGCUCUGUCGGUGCAUAAAUCGGCCCUGCCCGUUCGCGCCAAGGAUACGCUGAAGCGUACGGCGGCAUGCCGCCAGGACUGGCGUGCCAAUGCGGUUUCGACUGUCGUGAAAGACCCCAUCGUGCCUUACCAGGACGUGCUGGAGCGGAUCAGGGCCAACUACAAGCUGAAAGAGCUGAAGGAGGAGGACUACGUCGGCUGCCUGGAGACGAUCAUCGAGCGCGACUACUUUCCCGACGUCGUGAAACUUCGCAUGACGAACGUGCUGCUGGAAGCAGAGGCCAGGGGCGACACCGCCACGGCCGCAGUUGUCAGGAAGAGGCUGGAAGAACACGAAAGCGGCCAGGAAAUGAACGUCAACCUCAAAACGCUCGGCAACGAAAGCGUCUCCAUCAACAUCGGCAAGGGCGGGCUGAAACUCGACCAGUUCAGCCGCAUCUUCACCUCCGAGGACAACCGGAGCUUCGGCAGGCUGAUGGAGCAAACCAUCAUCCGCAACAACGCCCGGAGCCGUUGGAUGGAGGAGGGCGAAAAGAAACACAACCUGGCCCUUGCCGACACCCAGCAGAAAACCAACCUCGGCAUCCCGGACUCUAACGUGCUCUCCAACAGGGCCGUCAGCCGCAACGCGCUGUUCUUCAACCAGAGCGAAGGCAGGACCGCCGAGAAGUCGCAAGCUCCGCUCAUCCGCAGCGCCAACACCUACAUGCCGCCCGACUACGAGGUGCGCCUGGCCGAGCUCGAUUCGAAGCAGAAGGCCCGGCGCCUGGAGAAGGUGAAGGACACCUAUCACGGAAAGGUGAACGACCUCAUCACGCAGUUCGGCUUCCGUGAGUGCAAGGAGCUGGUGGACCACGAGCAGAUGUCCAAGUUCAAUUUCGUGCACACGCCGCUCACCGCGCCGGGCGACCCGCAUGAAUACGCGGUGCCCAAGCCCAUUCCGCGGGAGGAACUCGCCGAGCAACUGCGCAAAAAGUACAACUCGACAUCGGCCCGGACCCCGAUGUCCAAGACGCCAAGCUGCCGUACCCCGCUGCUUGUGCAGCGUCUCAUCGAGAAACACAACCGCGGCGCCGACAUGCAGUUGCGGGAGUCGUACAGCAGCUCCAAGCGCUCCAGGGGUUCCGUGCGCAGCAGCGUCUUCCUAAAGAACUAG